AUGGAGGCCAGGUCGUUGGGAACCGUCAAUUAUCUGGCAGCCAACCCGCCGCAGUAUCCCGUCAAUCCCGCGGAGCAACGCCGUGAGGCUGUCACACUCUACAUUUCCCGUGUGCCCGGCACUCGAGAUGUCAUUCUCUCACCCUUCAAACCUCAGCUGAAAAAUGUCUCCCCGGAGGAUGUAGCCAGCUCCCUCUACUAUAUUCACCAUGACACUUCUCCCACAGCUUUCGCUCAGGAAGAGGCCCCAAGGUCAAGUAACGAUAGCAACCGCUCCAGAGCUAUUCCUCGGAAACCUGUACCUGGCGCAACCCAGCAGCAAACCUCAAGUGCGGCUCAAGUUCCAACUCCGGUUGCAUCACCAGUCACACCUCCAGUUGCUAUUCCCGCUACAUCACAGAUCAAGUCUCCUGAUACACCACCGAUCCCAAUCCCGGGAACCCCGGAGGAUCCGCCUCCGGAGUAUGAGCCAACGCCAUCUCCUGCCUAUCAUGAAGCUCGGGCGUCGAAUUCAAAGGCGCCUCCACCUCCAAGCCCAGCACCUUCCGGCCCCAGCGUACCAGUCGACGUCCCAUCGCUCGCGGCAGGCUCCGAUGAACUGUUUUUGUCUCCGUCACAUCCACCACCGGGACAUGUGAAUCCCCACCCCUUACCAGCACUUCCGGACGAACCUGCCUCAGUUCUUGCUCCCCCGCCGAUUCCAGCGAAGCUUCCGCUUGACCAGCCAGAGGAGGUUGUCGAAGAUGACCCUCCUCCUCCUCCUCUACCUCCCCGAAAUCUGAGUCUCCCGAGCAUACAGACCGGCCUACCAGCUCGCAAGCCUAUUAACACAAGCCCGCCAGAUGCUGGCCCAACUAUCCCUGCCCCGCAGUCAGCCCAUGAACCAUUCAGUUCCACGGAAAGAAGUUAUGAUGUGGAAUACUCUCCAAGGCCUUCUACCUCUCAUUCACUUAACAACGAGGCACAACUGAUCUCACCACGAUUGAAUCAGGAGGGUCAACCCAGGCUCUCAUUGUCUCAGAGGCCUACCGCCGAUCCCUUUUCACUCAUUCUCAUUAGACGUGACCCCAGCACUGGCCUUCAGUGGAAUGUAGCCAAGGUAAACUGCCAACCACGCGACCUCACCCCGAUAACCCCCAUGAGAGACGAACCAGAUGUGACGGUUGCAACAUCAAGCCAAUCCUAUCCAGCCAUCGAUAUCCAGAUCCAGAAUACAGGAUACGCCAAAUUCCGCCACAACUUCCCUCGCCGAAGCAUGGAACAAAAUGGCGACCAAGUCCCCCGCACCCAACAGGCAGACUCCACCCUGUUCACACGACAAGUUGCCAUGUUUUACUCAAAGAGCUGGGCGACCAACUUCCGCGAGAAGCUGAAUCAGAUGGAGAAGAAACACAAUAACCGCACACGAAAACUCAGCAAUGACUCAAUCGACUCCACCGGAUCUGCCGAAGGGCCUUCUACAUCUAUUGGCAUCCCCAUGCCCGGCAUGAAACCAAGAGGCUACGUAUUCACUAGCCCCUGGGAUACCCGCUGCGAGUUCCGCACAGGCGAUGGCGGCCGCAGCCUUCGCCUCAUCCACAUCCUCGGUGACAGCGUCCAACCCACCUUUAACGGCCAGGAGGAUGGCGAAUCCCACCAGCCCAGCUCUGUUGUUCUCAGCGAGCUUCGGUUCAACCUGCCUAAUACGGAUCUCUUCCACAGCACGCAUGACAAGAAUCUGGCCAACGUCCAGAAUCAGCUGGGGAAUCUAUCCAAGUUCUUCCAGAAGCGUACCGGACAUAGCCAGUACGAGGACGACGAGUACGACGACCCGGCUUCUCCUUUUGAUUUGAGUCUUGGAAGAGAGAACGCUGGCGGCGGAAGCCGAGGAACGAGGGUAAAGAUGGGCAAGCUCAUCAUCUACCACGACGGACUGAAGAUGCUGGAUCUCGUGGUGGCCGCUAAUAUGGGAGUAUGGUGGAAAUCAUGGGAGAAGAACUUUUAA